AUGUCGUGUUCUUGGAUGAUCCUUGUGUCCGCUGUUCUGGUUUCUGUUGCAUCCGUGGCCCAAGCUGAUGUCCUGGAGCAUACCUUCAGUGUCGCUACGCUAUCCCUUCCCCGUAUAUGUGAGCCAGGGAAUACAAGCGUCACCGCCGUGAACGGACGAGUGCCCGGUCCCAAAGUCGAAGCCCGCGAAGGCGACACCGUGGUGAUUCACGUCAUCAACGACUCGCCAUACAACGUGACAGUCCACUGGCAUGGCGUGUUCCAGCGCGGCACGCCGUGGGCGGACGGGCCGGCGAUGGUGACGCAGUGCCCCAUCCGCCCGGGCCGCCGGUACACGUACAGGUUCACCGUGGCCGGGCAGGAGGGCACCCUGUGGUGGCACGCGCACAGCUCGUACAUGCGCGCCACGGUGUACGGCGCCCUUGUCAUCCGGCCGAGGCGCGGCGCCGUCGACUACCCGUUCCGCAAGCCCGACGGGGAGAAGACCGUCUUGCUGGGAGAGUGGUGGAACGGCGACACCGUCGCCCUGGAGAGCCGCUCUUUCUCGACUGGCGUACCCAUGCCGAACGCCGACGCGUACACCAUCAACGGAAUGCCGGGAGAUUUGUACCAUUGUCCAGAGAGGACUAACCGAAUCGCCAAGUUCAAGGUGCGCCGCGACAAGACCUACUUGCUCCGGAUCAUCAACGCUGCGCUCAACACGGCGUUCUUCUUCAAGGUGGCCGGCCACACGUUCACCGUCGUCGCGGCGGACGCGAGCUACAUGGACCCGUACGAGACCGACGUGAUCGUGAUCGCGCCUGGGCAGACCAUCGACGCGCUCAUGACGACCGACGCCUCCCCUGGCCGCUACCACAUGGCGAUCUCCUCGUACCAGAGCGCGAUCCCCUUCCCACCGAUGCCUGCGGGGUUCAAUGGCAACGCCAGCACGGCCGUCGUGGAGUACGUCGACGCGGCGGCAACGGCCAAUGCUGCUUCUCCCGUGCUACCCGUCAUGCCAGUACCAAACGACACGGACACGGCUCACGGGUUCUACACCAGCUUGAAAGCGCUCGACCGCCCCGGCAGGCGGACCGUGCCGCUCACCGUGGACACCCGCAUGCUCGUCACCGUCGGGCUCGGCUUCUCCUCUUGCCAGCCCAUCCAGACGCAGUGCAACAGGAGCGCCCCGGUGGUGUUGGCGAACAUGAACAACGUGUCCUUCGCCCUCCCGGCCACCGUCUCCAUGCUCGAGGCGCACUACCGGAACACGCCGGACGGCGUGUACACCAGGGACUUCCCCGACCAGCCGCCCUUGGUGUUCGACUACACCAGCCGCGGGUUGCUCGGUAACACGCCUCUGGCGUCCACGGGGAGCCCGUCGACGAAGGUGAAGACGCUCAGGUAUAACGCGACGGUUGAGAUGGUGCUCCAGAACACGGCGCUGGUCGGGCUCGAGAGCCACCCGAUGCACCUGCACGGGUUCAACUUCUUCGUGGUGGCACAGGGGUUCGGCAACUACGACGGCGUUGAGGACGGAGCGGGGAAGCUCAAUCUCGUCAACCCACAAGAGCGGAACACCGUCGCCGUGCCGACCGGCGGGUGGGCCGUCAUCCGCUUCGUCGCCAAUAACCCAGGAAUGUGGGCCAUGCACUGCCAUCUCGAUUCUCACUUUGGGAUCGGCUUGGCGAUGGUGUUCGAGGUGGAGAGCGGGCCGACGGCAGAGACGGCGGUGCCGCCGCCGCCGCCAGACCUGCCGCAGUGCUAGCUACUAAGGUUGCUCUCUGAAAGUUCAGUUCUGAGCCUUCUUCGAUACGGUGAAACAUGGGCUGCCGUCAAGAUGUAAAAAGUAACGACAGGGAGAUGACAAUUAAGUUGUUGUACACCUCUUGGUAUUCUUUGAAGAGAUACGCGCAAGGGAAAAAACUUUGAAGAGAUACACGCUUCAAUAAAUCGAUUUCCGGUUGAUUGCAUCGGUCAAGUGUAUUUUUGUAGAGUUUUAUCAUCUUUUCAGUGUAAUAUUUGAUCGUUCUGGAGUAUGCACGUUAAUAUGUAAAUAAGAUUGGUCAGACUCGGAGUAAAUAACAGUAAAUCACACAAUACAAUCCUGAAAAG